GUGUAAAAUAGUGCAGACAGCAAAACACUUUCAACAACAGUUCCGAACAUUAUAACUAUUUAACAGUCAUGGGUGUCUAGUUUAGAACCUCAAGUGAAUCACAAUGUCUAACAGUUCUCUCAACGUGCCCUGUGAUGUCCUGACUGGGAGAAACCAUUCCACACCCUAUGGCAGGCUCAAUGAUUUCUGGGACUUAUAUAAUGGUGUACCCUUCAAUCUCACUGUCAAUGUUGCUGGAUUUCUGAUUCUGUUACUCCUGUUUGCCCUUGUGAGAAAGAUUGCCUGGGAUUAUGGUAGAAUUGCUCUCGUCAGUAGGACAGAAGAGAAGUUAGAUGAAAAGAAGGCCAAAAGCGAUUACAAUGUAUGGACCUCACUUUUUUAUGGCGAUCAUGAUGAAAAACCAAAGAUUGGCUCACAAGAAUCUUUGGACACACACAUACAUCUGCAUGACACUCAUUUCUUUGCUUGGAUUACUGCAUACUUUAAAGUCAAAGAUUCAGAUAUAGCACACAAGAAUGGUCGAGAUGCUAUACAAUAUCUAACAUUCCAGAGAUAUCUGAUUAUAUAUACAGCUAUGAUUACUGUAUUGUCUGUAGUAGUUAUACUCCCUAUAAACUUCCAAGGGAACAACAUUGGAAGUGAUAAAGAUCUUGGUCAUACAACUAUUGGCAACUUAGAUCCAGACUCUAAGUACUUAUGGGUACAUGCAAUCCUAGCAGUGGUAUAUUUAAUCAUCUUGGUGGCUCUGAUGAGACAUUUCUCUCUGAACUUAGAUUUUACUAAAAAUGAACAGGUAUCUAGAACAUUGAUGGUGUCUCACAUACCAAAGGAUAAAUGUUACAAGAACACAAUACAACAACACUUUCAAGAGGCCUACCCAGAAGUAGCAGUGCUAGAUAUACAGUUUGCCUACAAUAUUUCUAAGCUGGUUAAGCUGGAUAAGAAAAGAAAAAUGAUGGCAGAUGCAAAGUUUAUGUCAGAAUUAGAGUAUGAUGGCACUGGGAGGAGGCCUACACUGAGACCUUAUGUCUGUGGGAGAUGUUUUUGUGAUUGUUGUGGUUGUGAGAAGGUUGAUGCUAUUGAUUACUACAAGUACGAGGAGGAUGUGCUCAUAGCAGAAUCUGAAAGUCAGAAAGUAACAGCUUACCGGGACCCAGCUGGCAUAGCUUUUGUUACCUUUGAAAUUGAUUAUAUGGCUGAAAAAGUUCUGACAGAUUUCAAAGCUGCAUGUAAAGGUACACAUAAUCCUCUACAGUCAAGUUUGUUCACAGAACUGGCAGUGGAAGAAUGGAGAGUAAAAUAUGCUCCUUCUCCAGAAAAUAUUUAUUGGGAAAAUCUUUCCAAGUCCAACUUAGUAUGGUGGAUACAAGCUAUAAUUAUCAAUUUAUUACUGAUUAUUUUGUUGUUUUUCUUCACAACACCACUUAUCGUCAUUAAUAAUCUUAAUGAAAUCAACAUAAAUGUAUCGAAAGCUACAGAAAAAAUUAGUCCAUUUGUUGAGCAGUUUGUGCCGACUAUUCUCCUGUGGACCUUUGCAGCCUUACUUCCUAACAUAGUCUAUUGGUCUGACCAACUAGUAGGCCACUGGACAAGAACUGCAGAACACCAUAAUGUAAUGGUAAAGUGUUAUGUUUUCCUGUUGCUGAUGGUGCUGAUACUUCCAUCACUUGGUUUGACAAGUGCAAAAGCCCUAUUCCAGUGGUUUGUGAUGGAUUUACAGAAAAAUUUUAGAUGGAAAUGUAUAUUUCUGUCAGGAAAUGGUGCUUUCUUUAUAAAUUACAUCAUUACUGCAACUUUCAUAGGAUCAGCUUUAGAAUUGCUGAGAUUUUCAGAAUUGUUUAUGUAUGCAUUUCAUUUGUGUAUGACAAGGUCAAAUGCUGAGAAAGUGGCAGUCAGAAAGUCCAUGAUAUGGGAGUUUCAGUUUGGUAUUCAGUAUGCGUGGAUGUUAUGUGUAUUUUGUGUUAUAGUUGUAUAUAGUAUACCUUGUCCGUUAAUUGCACCAUUUGGUUUGUUGUAUAUGAUAUUUAAGCAUGCCGUAGACCGUUACAAUAUUUAUUUUGCAUACAAGAGGUCACGCAUCAAUAGAUACAUUCAUCAGACAGCGAUCAACUUUGUAGUGGUAGCUGUCAUCAUGUUACAGUGUAAUAUUGUUUUCUUCACGAUCGUCAGAUCAGAAGGAACAAAUGCAGUUUUUGUGUUUUCUGCUGUGUGUUUAUUCUUGUCAGUAAUAAUAUUUAUUGGCAAGGCAUUCUUUGGAUGGUUUAAACAUCUAGAUACCAACAGAUAUAAGUCAGCUGGAUUGGAUGAUGAGCAAUUUGGAGAGAGUGAUGGUUUGACAACACCACCAGAGACUAGCGAAAAGCCAUUUAUAGCCAGUGUUUUACUAAACAAAAAUAGAUCAGACGAAAAUGUACAAGAAUCGACCAGUUCUGAUCCAGUUGGGGUACAAGGCAAGACAAACUAUGGGUCUGUCAAUGAAAAACACACACAGGAUCCUUAUGAAUAAUAACUAUGACAAUGAAGGAACCUAUGGGGCAAAAAGUUCAAAUUUAACUAUGAAAGAUAAUACAGCAUGAUACAGUGAAUGGAGUACACUUUGCUCAGUUUUCUAUAGGAGGAAGACAUGAAUUUAGUUCAAUAAGAAUUAUUUCAGUAUUGUAUUCGUGUAUCUGAUUGUUUUCUGCAACUUUUGUACUUCUACAAUAAACCAGUUAUAUAACCUUGCAUAAAAUUGCCAAGCAGAUCAAAUGGAAUAUUGUGUAAACUGGGACAGCCAUUGUGAAUGUAUAUUGAAUACUUGAAUGUAAAAUUUUACUGAUUGAAAUGUACUAGUUUAAAUGUACUCACAGUACGGUGGAUAGACAGACAGAGUUAUAAAAAAAUAUAAUAAAGUUGGAAAAUAAAUCGAUGCAGAAGUAGAUAAAUUCAAGUAGAGAAAAGCUGUAGAACAUUUGCCUAAUUUGUUGAAUGGACUGAAGACUGGCUUUAUUUUUUAAAUGAUAUAUAAUCAAUGCAUGCUAAAAAGUCUUAAUUGACUUGUUGGCAGUUCAAUUUGUGAUAUUAACCAGAAGCAAUUCUCUAUUUAUAAUUUGUAUUGCACUAUUGGGAUAGAUUCAGUUGAUAUUAGUGGUUUGCAGAUAAGAGGAUUAUUAAAUUUUUUAUUACAAGACAAAAUUUGCAUUGUUUGCCCAACAGUAACUUUGAAAUAUUCUAUACUUGAUCUCCUUUGUUUCUUUUGCAGCAACUGAUUAAUCUAGAGAAUGGUUGAUCCGAACCCAAUCUAUCAGAUUGGAGUUUCCAUAAAAACAAAAUCUUGCACCUCAUCUGAAAUAGACAUUUUAAGUAUGUUACUUUCCUCAAAUUUAUUAGGAUGAAUAAUUAAGGGGACUCCUAAAGAGGGGGUGUAUUCAUGGGAUGGAUUUCAAAAUUUUAUGAAGUUCAUUGAUAAUAAGACCAAACCAAAACUUUUGCAUAAUAGUAUCAGUUAUAUUUUUUUUGUUUUAAUGGGAAAGAUUCUAGUCAAUAGAACAAAGAAAUUUAAUAUUGGAGCAUAAUUCAUUUUAAAUGACUUAAGAAAUUUAGCACAAGAUGUUUUAGUAUAGAAGAUGUAACAUUACUUGUAAAUUCAUAUUCAUAAAAAUUAUUAUUGAAAGGAGUAAGUCCUGUAAGACCCCUUUUUGGCCCCAAAAUAUAGCAGUUUUACAAAAUAGUUAAAAUGUAAACUUUUAGCUAUUUAUUGGAAAGUAGGACACUUCUGUUACAUAAAUCUGUGCUGUUUUUGACAAUACAAUGCACAUAUAUCGGGUACUAGCAUCAUUAAGUCAUGCUAAAUUACUGAAAUCUUUACAAUUUUAGCAUUUGAGUUAAAUUUUAGACAGUUUCCGUCUUAAAUGGAAGUGGCCGCAUUUGUGUCCAUUCUUAAUAUUUAAAUGUAAGUUGUAUUUGAUGAUAAUACAUAACAUAUAUAAAGGUUGAGCGUGAACAAGGAUGCGGCCACUUUCAUUUUUGACAAAAAACCAUCUGAAAAGUGACAUAAUUUGGCAUAUUUGUCUUUUAUGACUUAAUCAGUUCAAAUCUUUCACAUAAACUAAUUGAAUCGACUGAAGUAGACACUCAAGUGUUUUAAAAGUGUCCAAAAUCUUUCAUCAGAUGAAUCUGAAAUUUGAGGGCAAAAUCGGUCCUUACCGGAUCUACUCCUUUGCUUAAAUUUGCAGUGAAUUUUAUGAGAUGCUUUUUAUCGUGUAGUUCCAACUUAAUGGUAGUAAAUCAUAAUAAAAUAAUAUGUUUUUCAUAUAAUACAUCAUUACACCAUCUUUAUGAUCCUUUCAUAAGUGCCAAACGUUCAUAUUGAAAGUCACUUCAAUUUAUAUCUAAAUUGUCUUAUCUCUCUCAAAAGAAUCAAUUUAAUUUAAAAGUCAACAUUUUAAAUGCAGAAAAAAUGAAGCGCAACAUUUUCGUUCUGCAAGAAAAGAAAAGCUUUCAAUUAUUUUUUUCAUUUUGAACCAAUUUGACCCCCAAUUGACCUUAUCUUUGUGUACUUGGCUGUGAAAUCCUAAAAACCAUAAUGAUUUAUAUCUUUUUUAAUUAUAUAUAGGAUCAAAAACAUGUUCUCCUUGCUCACAGUAUAAUUAGUCUUCCUUUUUUAAUUUUUUCUCUAAAGACAUUAUUUUCUUGACAUGUAGAUUUUAUGAACUUUGCUUUAAGAUAUCUCCGAUAGCUUUACUUUACUCAAGGGAACAAAUAGUAAUGAUGUUUUCUUGUUUAUUACUUUAAUGCAUUAUAUACUUGUGAUAUAAAUUGGAAUAGAUAUGCUUUUACUUACUGCACUUUAAAAAUCAAUAGAUUGUCUAUUUAGUUAAGGAGUAGACUAGAUUCAUUUAUUUUAGUAUUGUGGUAUGGAAUGUUUUCCUUAAAGAUAAAUAUCUGUUAUUAUUCUAAAACAUAGAUGGAAAGACAUGUGGUAUUGAAAAAUUGUUGAAUACUCUAGGAUAUAAGAGCGUUUUUUGACAUACUGUCUGAUAAGUAAAUAUAAUUUGCAGUGUUCUGGAUAUAGAUGGUUAUUAAUCAAUAAAUGAGAGGUCGUUUGUUGGUUAUGAAUGUGAUCUAUAAUUCCUUAACAUUCCAUUUUAUAGCCGUGUUUUUUCUUCCUUUUUUAAUGACAUUGGUCAAGACAGAUUCUUUAUAUGUAAGGCCAACUCAAUUUUGUUUUGGUUCUUUUAAUUUUCUCACAACAAUUUUAUGUGGAAUAAUUUUUUACAAUAAUAACGUUUUAAAAGUUUUAUGCAUUUACUAAUGACUAAAUCAUGCUUCAAUUUUUUACUUUGAAAUUUUAAUUGGAUUUUGACUAGUGAAACCAACAAAUUAAUCCUUUCCUACUGGGGAUUAGUUAUUAUAUACUUAUUUAGCAAAGGAUAUUUCAAUAAAAUGUUGAAAUUGAGUUUUAUUUAUUGAAAUUAAAUCUUUGAAAAAAUUACAACGGUGAUUUGACAAAAAACAAAACAUCACUUUUGAAUAAUAAUGCAUGGCCAAAACAAUUGUUUCCAGUAACAUAAUGUGGUAUUUUACAUUUGUCUUUCUCAAAUUAUCAAAUAAAUACCAAUCAAAGACAACAACACACAAGUCGUACAUGUACUACAGGGUUUUGAGUGUAUUUAAGGUCGACAUGUGUGAUCACUUGAGUAGCAUCGUUAAGACAGUUACAGAUAAUGAAACACUCGCUAAAGUUACAGAUAAUGAAACACUUACUAAAGUGCAAAUACAUGUGGUUUUGUGAUUUAACUGGGAGUUUUAUAAUUUGUUAAUAAACCCCUUUACAGUCUGGUAAAAGCUGUAUAAAAAGAUCAAAAGAAAAAUUUGAUUUAUUAAUUAUGGAUCACACAUCAAAUUUCCGAAGCAGCUUCUUCUAAAAUUGUAUUCUGAAAAUAAAUUUGAAAAUUUCACAUCCAAAACACAAUUUUUGUUAUCCAAAAGAAGUCUAAAAACUAGUAUGAUAUGUCCUGAGUAGCCUUCAGAUUUCUAAGCUUUUAAAUAAAGUAAUUGAUUUGUCAGUUAUCUAGAAAUGACCAGAUUAAUCACUGACAUAUUAAUGGAACUGACCCUUGAUUAUCCAGUCUCUUGGUCAGUAAAUAAAUGAAGUGUAUGUGCAAUAAUGGUAAUUUUAUGGCAGAUAAUUAUGUUGGUGUUUAUCAGUCUGGAUAUCCUCUUUUUCUUUUAAAGUAUUUCUAAUAGUGCAUAGAUGUUUUUAGCAUUUUCAUGUGAUAGAAUAUUAUUUGCAAUAAUAUGAUCAGAUUUUUUAAUUAUGUUGUACAGUUGAAUAUAAAAAGUUAUUGUAAAAAAGUGUCCAAUUAAUUUAAUGAUAUAUAAUCCAAAUAAUUAACACUAUUGGAAGUGAAAUUUGAAUCAAACUGCAAAAUUUGUUAACAAUUGACUACAUGGAUGACAGCAAACUAGUAGGCACUUGGUUAAGAUCAAUACCCUGACUCUUGGGUUGAUAUAAUACAGGGCUGAAAUUACAACUGAUAUAAUGAAAAAUGUCAUGUAAUUAUCAUAUAUUAUUAUACCUCUACUACCCAUUUGUGCAAGAUUUUUUAAAAUCUUGAAUUUUCCUUUGAAAUAAGGAGAAUCAGGGUAAUGUUUUUAUAUUCAAUUUCAGAUAAAACCUUACUUAAAAUUAUAACUUUUUAUAGUGUAUACUUAUAUGAGUAUCAAUAUGUAGAUAUAUGAAUUAAAUAGUAAUCAAAAUAUUUGUUGUUAGUAUAUAUAUAAAUUAUAAUUAUUUACAAAUGUAUCAUGUUAUUCCAAAUCAUAAUUUAUCAUUGUUUUGUUAUUUUUUGUUUUUGUUUAUUUACACUUAAUAAAUGAGUGAUGUAAACGUUGCUUCUUUGACAUUAAAGUUAUGACACUUAAAA